AUGGACAUCCACGCGCUGCUUGGCCGGCUUCGUGCCGUUUUCCGUCGGAAACCGGCACAGCUAGGCGAAGCCAUCAAUCGCUGGCUCUCGGGCUUCAAGCUGAAAGGAUCGCCCGGUCAGGAGUCGGUCAUCCUCCACCACGGUCCAACAUCUGCCGAAACCGACUACGACUUUCCCAAAACCAUCACACGAGAGGAAUUGCUGUCAUCCGCCAUCAGCCAAGAUGCAUCCCUCUUCUUCACCAUCCUGCCGCUCGAGAUCCGGCGCAUGAUCUAUCGCGAAGUGUGGAGCGCCUAUCUCAAGCCCCGGCGCCUCUCGCCGUCGAGUCCCGGGUCGGACUUGCGACUGCACAUCUAUGCUAACGGCUCCGAUCGCGUCAACCUGGGACACACCACGUGCGAGGUCCACCCGGGUGAGCCGACGCAGGAGGACGCCUGGGUCACGUCGCCCUGGCCGUUUGAGAACCACGGCAGCAAUCCUAGCAGGAUGCCGCCCCGCUGGUUUUGGUUUGCUUGGGUCAUGCGUCUCAACUGGGGCAAGCACUGGCAGUGUCAGCACGCCAUCCAGAAGCGCUGGGAUCCCAUGACGGGAUAUGCUGAGCCGGCUGAGAAGGCGCCUUUUCUGGCUGUGUUUUUGACGUGCAAGGAGAUGUAUCUCGAGGCCAUCGUGUCCUUUUUUGAAACCGUCACGCCCAUCUUCACCUUCUCGGUAGACGCCCACCGCUUCUUCAUCAGACGCCCGCAUUCCUUCCUGGGCGAGCUCAAGUCGCUCGAACUCAGCUUCAACAACCCCAACGACCACCUCUAUCUGACCCGGCGUUACCAGAGCAGCACCUCGGUCCGCUCUGCUGCUACCGGCGACGACUCAAACGACUCCCUACUGCAGAGCAUCCUGGCUCUGCCCGAUCCCAACGCUGGCCCUGAUGAGGAUGAGUCUGCCGGUAACGACGGCCUCUUUGGGCAGAACAUGUGGAUCAAUGUUCUUCAGGGCGUGCGCGCGGCGUGCCCGAAGCUCAAGGACCUGACCAUCACCAUCGGCGGCAAGAUUUCGCGCGAUGCGGUGCUCGCCGGGUUUGGAUGGAUUGAUAGAGAUGAGGGCUACGACUCGGAACCUGGCAGCGACGAACGGGACGGGGACGAUGCUUUGUCUGGGGAGAGGUGGGAGUUGCCUGGGAAGAUGGCAAUCACCUUCAAGCCGAACGGCGAGACGUAUAUCCAGGAAAAGGGGAGGCUGGUUCUGCAGGCGCCGGAGCAGGUCACGGUGUGA